AAAAUCUCAGCUAUUUUCGGUCUUCAGACCCCGCAAGUCCGAGAAAAUCCACUUCAUUCAUAAUCGACCGUCUUCAAGGUUGUUCAGAGUUACCUGACCUAGUACGUUAUCGGGAUUACUAUAGACUCUCCCCCCAAUUGAUAGCUUCGAUUCGUCCCAUUUCGAAAAGAGCGCUUAUUUCCAUUUUGCGCGCUCGAGUGUUUUGUUCCAGCUCUCGAAUUUCCCUAUUUCCCUAUUUCCCGUCGUAAGCCGAGCCAGCAGUCGGCGUGCGCCGGGUGUUGUGCGAUUCGUUAAUGCAUCUGCGAGAAGCCAAAGCUCGCGUUGGAGCUGUAGCUGGAGCCGUGACUGGAGCUGGAGCCGGAGCCGGACCUGAGGCUAGAAUCGGAUCAGAUCAGAACGAUAGCACCACUGCAUCAGGCCAUGUCUCAAUAUGAUAAUCCCACCGCUUCCGCUGCCAACAUGCCAUCCGCUAGCCAACAGUCUCGUCAAUCUCUGCCCGCGAACACGGCGCAUUCGCAACCCCAACCCCAGUCCAUACAUCAGUCCCAGUCCCAAUCCCAGACUCAGCCGCAGUCCCAGUCUCAGUCUCAGUCCCAACAACAGGGUCAGCCUUCUCAGCACAAACGCGUAUACCAGGCCUGUAUCCCAUGCCGGAGACGAAAAGUGCGAUGCGAUUUAGGGAGCGUAGACGACCCUCAUGACCCUCCAUGCGUGCGUUGCCGCCGCGAAAGCAAGGAGUGUUACUUUAGUGCCACGAGACGCAAGCGCAAGAACGAAGACGAGAUCGAGGAGCAAGAAGACGACUAUACCAUCCGUAAUGCCCGAAAGCGACUCCAUUCCGACGACACCCCUCCUUCCGUUGUCGACAGGAAAUCUUUUAGUAGCGUGCCUUUGACCCCUGGUGGCUCGACCGGUAGGACACAACCCUUGAGGCGACCUAAUUCGGAACGCGAAGAUGGGCGGAAGAGUAGAGGGACAAGCUAUAAUGACGUUGGUGAGGAUUCAAACGCUCAGUUAGAGAACCUCGAAGCCCAGAGUGUCAUGAGAAAAGAGGUCUAUGGACCCCACGAUGCUCUCGAUUUACUUUACAAGGCUGCCACCGACAGGUCCGUCCAACCGUCUCGUCUGUCUAAUAUGACUUCCCACGAGCCAAUUACUGAUUAUUCCAUCAGUCCUCAUGAUCUGAAUAGGCAACACGAAAUUAUUGCCUCUGUUGUUCAGCCUUCGCCCGUCCCUGUACCCGGUCGCAAAACACCACGAGAUCAUAACUCCAACUUUCAUGGCCGUCCGGCUGAACGGGCGACGUCUAAGUCGGCAGACCUAAUCGAUCCGCUGCUACAAUCCUCAACUAAGAAUGAUGAAGUGGCUGAUAUGGAACGCCGGCUAAAUGUGGAAAAUGAGGCCGGGUACCAGGAGGCCCUCGAUGCUUGGUCGCGAUUUAGGUUUGUGAGGGCCGGCUGGUUUACGAAGGAAGAGGCUGUGAAAUACAUAGUAUAUUACUACGAAUAUUUAUCUCCCAUGACGCCCAUAUCGCCACCGACCUUCCGUAGCCCAUCGUCGCAUGUCACCCUCCUGACCGAAGAGCCCAUACUCACGGUCACUCUGUUGACCAUUGCUUCGAGAUACUACCGUAUACGAUCGACGGGUGGCCAUUGUAGAUCUCACGCCAUCCACGAAGAGCUAUGGCGAUACCUGCGCAGGAUGAUCGAACGAUGUCUCUGGGGACAGGAGGCAUUUGGUGGGGGCUUCUGUGGAUCUGGCGCUGAUGAAUCUCAGACAUCUAGCACGGCACCGUGGCGAGGUUUGAGGAAGGGCAGUCUUCGGACGUUAGGUACAAUCGAGUCUCUUAUGAUCUUGACCGAAUGGCAUCCUCGAGCGCUACACUUUCCUCCCGAUGAGGCCAUUGACGAACUGAUGCUUCCCUCUCGAGCGAUGCCGACCCAUUCCGAUAUUGGAGACGAAGAAGGGGCUCAAAGACUUGGCGGAAAUGUUGGGGGUCGAAGAAUCGAAAGUUGGCUUGAACCUGCGUGGAGAAGUGAUCGCAUGUGUUGGAUGUUGCUCAGUAACGCGCUGGGACUCGCUUACGAACUAGGCGUUUUCGACGAUAUUGACGAACUGCUUGCGACUAAUGCUAUCACGCGACCGGAGUACGAGGAUGAAGCAUAUCGCCUUCGUGCGACGCGCAUCAAGCGCUUGCUGUUGGUAUAUCUGACCCAGCUAGCUGGUCGCCUCGGAUGGACCAACAUGGUUCCUGAAAGCCUCCGAAGAACCGAUCCUGCCCUUUCUGGAAGACGUCCGAUCUCUAAUGAGGGGAACACACCGGGGACCAAUCAAUCGGUCAUUUCUAACGCGUUUAGUUAUGUGCCAAAUGUUGAACUAGAUGAUCAGAUCAUUCAUUGCUGGGUGGGAGUAAGCGACGCCAUGCAAUUGGGCAACGAGAGGCUGUUCCGAUCCCGAAAACAUACCACGGAGAUCAUCCAGAGCGGCGAUUACACGAGGGCACUCAAGGAAUUUCAGCCGAUCCUCAAGAACUGGUGGAGAGAGUUCCAGCGUUUUGAUAUGCCCGAGAAUAUCCGUCACAUCCUGACUAUUGAAUACGAAUAUGUGCGAAUAUAUGUUAAUUCCUUGGCUUUGCAAGCGGUGGUUGAACGCUGCACCGCGAACGCCGGAGCGUCUACGAAUGCUGCUCACGGAGGCAAUGUAGCUGUCAGUAACCCUCAACUAUCACCACAGACGCAGAAUUUUCUAGGUAAUUUGCCUCUUGGCCAUUUGGGUGGUUUCGGUCACCAGGAUCAAGAAUAUGUCAAGGAGGUGGUGGAUGGUUGCAGAAAUCUCCUGCGAACUGUUGUCGACGGUCUGUUAAAGGAGGGCUACCUCAAACAUGCUCCUGUGCGAACAUAUUUUCGAAUCAUUAGUGGUGCCAUGUUCUUGCUUAAGACAUUUGCCCUAGGUGCUCCCAAGUCUGACGUGGAAGUAAGCAUUGGUCUUCUAGAUCGUACGGUCUAUGCGCUACGAACCUGCGUUGUAGAUGAUAUACACCUUGGUACUAGGUUCGGCGACUUGCUUGAGUCGCUUACUACACGGCUUCGAGACCGGUUUAAAUACGCCCCGGCCACCACGACCUCUGGAGAAGGCAAGAGUCCUCGCGCGAAUGGCGAACCAACUAAAGCUAGCUCUACAAAUGGACAUGUUCAGAGUAAUGGUAUGGAGAAUGGCUAUCUGAGCCAUACUAAAUUCAGAGAAGGGCUUACCGUCCCUCCUGAUCGCUGUUCCACCCCUUCUGGUAACGUUUCAGCCACUCCGUUUGACCUAAGUACGGGCAACUUCCCCUAUCCAGCUGGGCCCACUUCAGUGUUUGGGCCUACUACACCUGCUAUGGGCGGUCAUGUUGUAGAGGCAUCCAACAUGGGCGAAAACCUAUUUGAAUCUGGCGCUGAUUGGGCUGCUGAUGACCAAAUGUGGUACCUCCCACCAGGACCUGGCCUCUUUCAAAGCGUGGGCGAGAACUCCAAUGUGACGAUGACAGAUCAGGGAGUAAAUGUUGGAGGCGUUGACUUGCUCGAAUUUAUGGCCAUGGAUCCCCCUUCGUUCAACCCCUCGAUGGACGGCCCUGGCUACUAAAUGUAUACUACCGAGCUGGAUGAUAAAGAAGCAUCUGUUGUCAGAAACGAAAACAGGACCAUUAGCCUUGGCCACCGUUACCAAAUAGCUAGACGAUGUCUAGCGUAGUGCUAUUGGGUAUCUAAGGAUCACAGUUCCAAUCUUACUUUUCCAUAUCAUUUCGUCUUGUAG